AUGCCUGCCAUGCCUAUGCCCAUGCUCUUUGCUCAUGCUCAUGCCCAGACCGGGAUCCGGGGCACACAUGCCAACCUUUACCCUUUACCCCCUACCCCCAACUUACUGUACACCCUGGACAAGAGCCGACCCCUUGUGAACGUUUCCUCUCCUACACUCUCUCUGUCUCUCGAUCUCUCAUUCACACUCUCUCAUACUGUAUCCGUACUCCAUAUACCUUCACCCUACCCCCUGGUCAUCCCCUCCCCCAACAAGGAGCUGUAUCUUUGUAGCCCAGUACAUUUCCUCCUCCUUAUGGAUACACCAUCCUCUUCUUGGAUUCGCCCCCAAAGUCCGGCCCAGGAGUCACCUCCAGGUGUUUUAUCAACACGUCCUAUCCCUUGUGCAAGUUCUCCUUUCCAGUCCAUAUUUUUGCUCUACAGUCUCUCGUCCAUUCAACGACACAUCAACGGCAUCGACGACACCUUUAGACUGAACCUGUUGCUAUUAGCAAGCGGAUUUGAUCUCUGGCGGAAAACCAUCAAGCAGCCUCUAUGA